CAAUGAACGGAAUCCGGAUUAAUUUUCGAUCAUUCAGAUCAUGAUCAGUCAGCUCAAUCAUAAUUCCUGAAAACCCCUAUGUGUCAAAAUCAAAUAGGUUAAAUUACAUCACUGAAUUGAAGUUACUUUAAUCAAAAAUACAACCUUAAAAUGGCUUCACAAGCCGUAAGGAAAAGUAUUAAAGAAGUUAAACCAAUUUUGUCUUUAAAUCGUGAGGAAGCACGAAAAAGGGUAUUGAAUUUGUACAAAGCUUGGUACAGACAACUGCCUUAUAUUGUUAAAAAUUACGAUAUUCCCAGAACAGUCGAACAAUGUAAAACCAAAUUACGAGAAGAAUUUACUAAAUUUGAUGAAAUAAAAGACGUUAGAUUGAUUGAUAUGUUGGUUAUAAAGGGCCAAAUGGAACUAAAGGAAGUGGUUAAUGUUUGGAAACAAAAAUCACACAUAAUGGCAUACUUUAAAGAUACAAUAGAGCCAAAACCUAAAGAUUUUUUAUCCAAGUUUCUGAAUGGUAAAGAAUAGCUUCCGAACUGCAUUAUGUAGCUUCUGUUUUGUAAAUAUUAGUCUAUUGAAUAAAACAAAAAAGUACAGAGUACA